AUGCCCGUCGGAUUGAGGAGGAUAGCAGCUGGCCGGAACGGCCUCGGAGCGUUCAUUCUACAAUGCAGAAAACUUGAUUUCCACUACUGCGACUGGGCGGGGAGCUCCAAAGGAAUGAACGGUUUCAUCAAGUCCCACCUCACCAAGUUCGCGGCCGAGAAUCCCGAGAUUGAAAUUACAGUAUCUCCCCGGCCGGGAAAGCACCCCGUCAUCGUCGGACACUAUAUCAAUGGACGGAACAAGCCCGUGUGCGUGCGAAACAUGGAGCCUCUACAAGUACUCCAGAAGGCGGAGCUUCUGCGGGAUGCCAAUGGCGAAAAGGUCAAGAAGGUGACCAAGCCAGUCUCGAGUAUCAACCCUAGCGUAAGGGGCGUCUGGAGUCCCUUCCACGGUGCGAACACGACGGUUUAA